AUGACUGGCGAUGUGAAACAUGCUCUCAUCUUCGGGGCAUCAGGCAUCUCAGGCUGGUCGCUCCUCAACCAGUGUCUCUCAUACCCUUCUGCAACGACUUUCAGACGCGUCACAGGCUUGUGCAAUCGACCUCUCGCGAAAGAAGAAUCCUUCCUUCCCGAUGACUCUCGACUGAGAAUCGUUCCUGGAAUUGACCUCACAGCCUCCGUGGACAUCGUUAUAGAGCAGUUGAAAACGAAGGUUGAGGAGGUGGAAAUGGUGGAUGUUGUCUUCUUCUGCGCAUACAUCCAAACCAGCGACCCCGAGUCCCUGAAAAGCAUCAACACCCAGAUCCUCCGCACGGCGAUUGAAGCCAUUAACGCCGUCGCGUCCAGCCUGGAGGUCGUCAUCCUACAGACCGGCGGCAAAGGAUACGGACUGGAGUUUCCCAAGGAAGUCAACCUCCAGGCACCCCUGCACGAAGACCUCCCACGUAUCCCCGAGCCAUGGCACAGCACGAUCUUCUACUACAGCCAGUAUGAUCUCCUGACGGAGCUAUCCCAGCGGCACGGCAGAUGGACCUUCUCGGAGAUCCGACCCGACGGCAUCGUGGGAUUUGCUCCCGGCUCUAACGCGAUGAACAUGGCGCAAGGCAUUGCGUUCUACCUGACGCUCUACCGGCAGGUUCACGGGGAGGGCGCCCGCGUCCCGUUCCCGGGCAAGCCGGCCGGGUACCACGCCUCCCACAGCGAUACCUUUCAGGACGUUUUGUCCAAGAUGGAGAUCUUUGCCGCGUUGAAUCGCGACCGGUGCGGCAAUGGUUCGACCUUCAAUUCUGCGGACGGGGAAGCGGUGCGCUGGGCGCAGGUCUGGCCUGGAUUGUGUGCGUACUUCGGUUUGGUGGGGUGCGAGCCUGAUGGCGAGCAGAGAGCUUCCAUGCAGAAGUUUGUCGAGGCGCAUGGGGAUACGUGGAAGUCCCUGGUUGCGAGCAAGGGGCUGAAGGAGGGAUUGAUCGAGACGCAGAAUUGGGACCAUGUUCGCUUGAUGCUCGUAGACUUUGAUUUCGAUCGCCAGUAUUCGCUGGAUAAGGCCCGGGCGGUGGGUUUUCGUGAGUCGAUCGACACGGUCGAGGGGUAUAGGGUUGCUUUCGAUCGGAUGGCCAAGGCGCGACUCAUUCCUGCGUUCAGGUAA